GCGACAGAGCUGACCAAGCGGGCGUUGGCUGCAGACAUGACGCCGGAGGACCAGGAGGAGACCCAGCCGCUCCUGGGGCGCCCAGGCGGCAGCGCCCCCCUCAGCCGCCGGGUCUUCCUCGCCGCCUUCGCCGCCGCCCUGGGCCCGCUCACCUUUGGCUUCGCGCUCGGCUACAGCUCCCCAGCCAUCCCGAGCCUGCGGCGCGCCGCGGCCCAGGCCCUGCGCCUAGACGACGACGCCGCCUCCUGGUUCGGGGCCAUCGUGACCCUGGGCGCCGCGGCUGGGGGCGUGCUGGGCGGCUGGCUAGUGGACCGCGCCGGGCGCAAGCUGAGCCUGCUGCUCUGCACCGUGCCCUUCGUGGUCGGCUUUGCCGUCAUCACCGCGGCCCAGAACGUGUGGAUGCUGCUCGGGGGCCGCCUCCUAACCGGCGUGGCCUGCGGUAUUGCCUCGCUCGUAGCUCCGGUGUAUAUCUCUGAAAUUGCUUACCCGGCAGUGCGGGGGCUGCUGGGCUCCUGCGUGCAGCUGAUGGUGGUCACGGGCAUUCUCCUAGCCUACCUGGCAGGCUGGGUCCUGGAGUGGCGCUGGCUGGCUGUGCUGGGCUGUGUGCCCGCCUCCUUCAUGCUGCUGCUCAUGUGCUUCAUGCCCGAGACCCCACGCUUCUUGCUGACCCAGCACAGGCGCCAGGAGGCCAUGGCCGCUAUGCAGUUCCUGUGGGGCUCAGAGCAGGUCUGGGAGGAGCCCCCUGUCAGCCCUGAGCACCAGGGUUUCCGCCUGGUCCAGCUGAGGCUUCCUAGCAUCUACAAGCCCUUCAUCAUCGGCGUUUCACUGAUGGCCUUCCAGCAGCUGUCAGGGAUCAAUGCUGUCAUGUUCUAUGCAGAGACCAUCUUUGAGGAGGCCAAGUUCAAGGACAGCAGCCUAGCCUCGGUCAUCGUGGGCAUCAUCCAGGUGCUGUUCACUGCCAUGGCAGCCCUCAUCAUGGACAAAGCUGGGCGGAGGCUGCUCCUGACCCUGUCAGGUGUGUUCAUGGUGUUCAGCACCAGUGCCUUUGGCGCCUACUUCAAGCUGACCCAGGGCGGCCCCAGCAACUCCUCCCACGUCAACCUCUUGACGCCCACGUCCAUGGAGCCCGCCAGUGCCAGCGUGGGGUUGGCCUGGUUGGCAGUGGGCAGCAUGUGCCUUUUCAUCGCCGGCUUCGCUGUGGGCUGGGGGCCCAUCCCCUGGCUCCUCAUGUCUGAGAUCUUUCCUCUGCACGUCAAAGGCCUGGCCACAGGUGUGUGUGUCCUCACUAACUGGUUCAUGGCCUUCCUGGUGACGAAAGAGUUCAGCAGCGUCAUGGAGGUGCUCAGGCCCUACGGUGCCUUCUGGCUCGCCUCCGCCUUCUGCAUCUUCAGUGUCCUUUUCACUCUGUCCUGUGUCCCUGAAACCAAAGGAAAGACUUUGGAACAAAUCACAGCCCAUUUUGAGGGGCGAUGACAACCCCUUCUCAUGAGUAGUGGCUGCCACUCCCAGCAGGGCUGGCUUUGGGCUCCAGAGGGGACGGAGCCGCCUGUGACUGCAAGCUGGGCCUCAGCCAGAGCCUGGAGCCCAUGCCUGUCCCCAGGGAGCUGGAAUGCAGGACCACAGCCCUUCGGAGCCUUGUCCUACUGCCCAGCUCUCUACAGCCCCAGUGAACCAUGGAUACGAGGUUCCUGGCC